GCAUCCGAUCUCGCGUGCUAGGGCUGAUCUCUUUCUCUUUCGCCUUGAAGACAGUCGACGGGAAUGGAGUUCAUGGCCGAGUUCCCUCACGGUCACAUGGAUCGGCGUCCCAGAAAACGCCCGAGGUUAGGUUGGGAUAUCUCCCAGACCCCAAAGGCCCAAUCAGGAGUAUAUUGUGGCCAAGAUGUUGGAAAUGUAACAAGCUUUGGAAAUCCAAGAGUACUUUCGCAUCAUGCUAAUGUGUUUGCGAAGGGAUUGACUCAAAAAGGUUCACCUCCAUGGAGAGACGAUGAUAAAGAUGGGCAUUACAUAUUUGAGCUUGGAGAGAAUUUGACCCAACGCUAUAAAAUCCUGAGAAAAAUAGGCGAAGGAACCUUUGGGCAGGUAUUGGAAUGUUGGGACAGAGAUAACAAGGAGAUGGUUGCUAUAAAAGUUGUUCGAAGCAUUAAGAAAUAUCGCGAAGCAGCAAUGAUAGAAAUUGAUGUGCUUCAUCUACUUGCCAGAUAUGAUAGAGUUGGAAGCCGUUGUGUUCAAAUACGGAACUGGUUUGACUAUCGUAAUCAUAUUUGUAUAGUGUUUGAGAAGCUUGGGCCAAGCUUAUUCGAUUUUCUACGGAAAAACAGUUAUCGCUCUUUUCCGGUUGACCUAGUUCGUGAGAUUGGCAGACAACUGUUGGAAUGUGUUGCAUUUAUGCAUGACAUGCGUCUAAUCCAUACUGACUUGAAGCCGGAGAACAUUUUGUUUAUAUCCCCUGAGUAUGUGAAAGUCCCAGAUUACAAGGCUGCAUCCUGGUCAGUCCGAGAUGGGUCUUGUUUUAAAAGGUUGCCGAAAUCAAGUGCCAUCAAAGUUAUUGAUUUUGGUAGUACCACAUACGACCACAAAGAACACAACUAUCUUGUCUCUACAAGGCAUUACCGUGCACCUGAAGUUAUACUUGGUCUUGGGUGGAGCUACCCUUGUGAUUUGUGGAGUGUUGGUUGUAUAUUAGUGGAAUUAUGCACGGGAGAAGCUUUAUUCCAAACGCACGAGAAUUUGGAGCAUUUGGCUAUGAUGGAGAAGGUCUUGGGACCAAUACCUCCACAAAUGUUGAAAAUAGUCGAUCGCCAUGCUGAGAAGUAUGUGAGAAGGGGACGGUUAGACUGGCCUGAAGGUGCAACAUCUAGAGAAAGCAUUAAAGCUGUUUUAAAAUUGCAUCUACUUCAGAAUGUAGUGAUGCAACACGUCGAUCAUUCGGCAGGAGACCUAAUUGACUUGUUAAGAGGUCUACUUAGGUUUGAUCCGGCUAUGCGAAUGACGGCUCAUGAGGCACUCAGACAUCCUUUCUUUACCCGAGAUUAUAAUAGGCGGUACUAGUGGAGGUUACAACUGCCAUUUUGAGUGUGCUUGGUUGAUAAAUUGAAGCCUUUGCCUAUAUGUAAAUAACUCUUGGGAGUUGGAUCUUUGUGCCCCCACAAUAUUUGUUGUUUGUGUGAAGUUUUUUGAUAAAUAUUUUAUUCAGAAUUAUUUUUAUUCAUUUUA